AUGCAAGCCAACCCCAACCCCUUCCAAAUUAUUCCCAAACAAAUCUUCCCUUCACUGGUAAAGCUACUUCCGGUGCACCAAUCUCCGUCACCAGUGCCCACCAAACCACCGCGUGCCAUAUCAAUCUCCACACCCAACGAAACCGAUCGCGGUCCAAUUUCCAUUUCAACCGUAGACGUAGUAGAUGACUCCGUGGCUGCAUUUUGGGACUACCAAUUCCUCUUUGUGUCACAGCGCUCCGAACAAACCGAACCCAUCGCGCUCAGAGUCGUGGAUGGUUCGGUUCCAUCGGACUUUCCCUCCGGCACGUACUACUUGACAGGGCCGGGGCUCUUCGCCGACGACCACGGCUCCACGGUGCACCCAUUGGACGGCCACGGCUACCUUAGGGCUUUCAAAUUUGACGGGUUUGGCGAAGAUGUCAAGUUCAUGGCCAAGUACGUGAAAACUGAGGCUCAAGUGGAGGAGCACGACCCUUUGACUGACACGUGGCGGUUCACGCACAGGGGGCCGUUUUCGGUGUUGAAAGGUGGACAGAAAGUUGGGAAUACUAAGGUGAUGAAGAAUGUGGCGAAUACUAGUGUGUUAAGGUGGGGCCAGAGGCUGUUGUGUUUGUGGGAAGGUGGGGAUCCGUAUGAGAUUGAAUCUGAGACGUUGGAUACGAUUGGGAGUAUAGGUCUGAUGGACGGUUGUGAUUCGGGGGGGGAGAGUAGAGAGAGAGGUGGCGGUGGCGGUGUAUGGGAUGUGGCUGCAAGUUUGCUCAAACCAAUUCUGUACGGAGUUUUUAAGAUGCCUCCAAAGCGACUGUUGUCUCAUUAUAAGCUUGAUGCUCGCAGAAACAGGCUUCUUAUGGUGUCGUGCAAUGCAGAGGAUAUGCUUUUGCCAUGCAGUAACUUUACAUUUUAUGAAUAUGAUUCAAAUUUUAAGGUGUUGGGAAAGCAAGAGUUUAACAUACCUGAUCACUUGAUGAUCCAUGAUUGGGCUUUCACAGACACUCACUAUAUAUUAUUUGCCAAUCGCAUCAAGCUUGAUGCUGUCGGUGCAAUGACUGCAGUUUGUGGGACUUCUCCUAUGAUAACAGCAUUGUCGGUGAACCCUAGCAAGGCCACAUCUCCCAUAUAUUUGCUUCCUCGGUCUCCUAAUGAAAAUGGUCGAGAUUGGAGAGUGCCUAUCGAAGCUUCUUCACAAUUGUGGCUCCUACAUGUAGCCAAUGCUUACGAGAAUCUGGAUGAGAAUGGGAAUUUGGAGAUUGAAAUACAUGCUUCGGCUUGCUCUUACGAGUGGUUCAAUUUUCAAAAAUUAUUUGGAUAUGAUUGGCAAAGUGGUAAACUAGACCCCUCGAUUAUGAACAUAAAUGGAAGCCAAAGCAAGACGCUACCUCAUCUUAUUCAGGUCUCCAUAAACUUGGAUGUGAAUGGAAGCUGUCAAAGAUGUGAUGUGGAGCCUUUAAACCAGUGGAACAAGUCAUCAGACUUUCCAGUUAUCAAUCCAGCCUUUUCAGGAAGCAAAAACACAUACAUAUAUGCAGCAGCUUCUUCAGGUUCUCGCAGUGCAUUGCCUCACUUUCCAUUUGACAUGGUGGCCAAGCUAAAUGUUUCAACGAAAUCUGUGCUUACAUGGUCUGUUGGGAGCCGGAGAUUCAUCGGAGAGCCCACUUUCAUCCCCAAAGGUUCUGAAGAAGAUGAUGGUUACAUUCUUGUAGUUGAGUAUGCAGUUUCAGUUCAAAGGUGCUAUCUGGUUAUCUUAGAUUCCAAAAGGAUUGGAGGAGAGGAUGCACUAAUGGCAAGACUUGAAGUUCCUAAGCACCUAAAUUUUCCUCUUGGUUUUCAUGGUUUCUGGGCCACUGCAGAGUAA